CUUUUAAAACCUAUUCAAGCAAACGACAAAAAGAGACGCGUCGCCCAUUUUCUCUUAAAAAAAAAGAAAAAAAAACUCAAAACGAGAGAAAAUGAGAGAGAUCCUCCACAUCCAAGGCGGCCAAUGUGGAAACCAGAUCGGAGCCAAGUUCUGGGAAGUGAUCUGCGACGAGCACGGCAUUGACCACACCGGCCAAUACGUCGGCGACUCCCCUCUCCAGCUCGAACGCAUCGAUGUCUAUUUCAACGAAGCGAGCGGCGGAAAGUACGUCCCUCGCGCCGUUCUCAUGGAUCUGGAGCCUGGAACCAUGGACUCUCUCAGAUCUGGUCCCUACGGCCAGAUCUUCCGUCCCGAUAACUUCGUCUUUGGCCAGUCCGGCGCCGGGAAUAACUGGGCCAAAGGUCAUUACACGGAGGGAGCGGAGCUGAUCGAUUCCGUUCUCGAUGUUGUGAGGAAGGAAGCUGAGAACAGCGAUUGCCUUCAAGGUUUCCAAGUGUGUCACUCGUUGGGAGGUGGAACUGGAUCUGGGAUGGGGACGCUUUUGAUCUCUAAGAUAAGAGAGGAGUAUCCAGACCGUAUGAUGAUGACCUUCUCGGUGUUUCCUUCUCCUAAGGUCUCCGACACUGUUGUUGAGCCAUACAACGCAACGCUCUCUGUGCAUCAGCUCGUUGAAAACGCCGACGAGUGUAUGGUUCUCGACAACGAGGCUCUCUACGACAUCUGCUUCCGUACCCUCAAGCUUUCUAACCCCUCUUUUGGUGAUCUUAACCAUCUCAUCUCGGCUACAAUGAGUGGUGUUACAUGCUGUCUUCGUUUCCCUGGUCAACUCAACUCUGACCUUAGGAAGCUCGCUGUGAACCUCAUCCCUUUCCCAAGGCUCCACUUCUUCAUGGUGGGUUUUGCUCCGUUGACGUCAAGAGGUUCACAGCAAUACAGUGCCUUGAGUGUCCCUGAGCUGACCCAGCAGAUGUGGGAUGCAAAGAACAUGAUGUGCGCUGCUGACCCUCGUCACGGACGUUACUUGACUGCAUCAGCUGUGUUCCGUGGGAAGCUGAGCACUAAGGAGGUCGAUGAGCAGAUGAUGAACAUCCAGAACAAGAACUCGUCCUACUUUGUGGAAUGGAUCCCCAACAAUGUUAAGUCCAGCGUCUGUGACAUUGCACCCAAGGGUUUGAAGAUGGCAUCUACCUUCAUCGGGAACUCGACUUCAAUCCAGGAGAUGUUCAGGCGUGUGAGUGAACAGUUCACAGCUAUGUUCAGGAGAAAGGCUUUCCUUCAUUGGUACACAGGAGAAGGCAUGGACGAGAUGGAGUUCACGGAAGCUGAGAGUAACAUGAAUGAUCUCGUUGCAGAAUAUCAGCAGUACCAGGAUGCUACGGCCGGUGAAGAGGAGUACGAGGAUGAAGAAGAGGAGUACGAUGAGGCUUGAGAUGUUCGUUCAUCAAUGUCUUGGUCGGGAUUCAUAAGCUGUGUAAGCCGCAGUUGCUUCCUUCUUCCCUUUUAAAUCUAUUUCUUUUGUUCAGUUUAUGUGUGCUUUGUUCUUGAAACACAAGUUCAUUUUGGGAUGUUAAAAAAACUUAUGCGUGUAUUGCUUUAUUGUUUUUGUCACUGCAAAAAAAAAUAUUGCUUUUGUUCUUUCAA